CUGGUAAUGUUUCAGGACGGGGACACGCCCUGUCCUGAAACAUAGCUAGUUUAAAUUUUAGUUUUUUGGGUCAUUGAAAUGAGUCCUUAAGAAAAAUGUCAAGUGUGUGUGUGUGUGCUUUUGAAUUCCUGCUCCAAUUUUCACUGUGCUGUGCUGUUGUCGCUUUCCUUUAACCGAGCGAUGGGUGUUUAUUUACACCCACUCCAUUUUCUUUUCUGUUUUUUUGGGAAAAAUCCGAUGCCAUAUUCAAACCACAUGUUUCAAAUUCUAAACCCGUCUGUUACAUUCCGAACUUUAAGAAAACAUAGAAAUCGUAAAAGUGUUAUAACGUCUUUUUUAAGCGCUAGGUCACUAUCAGUUUCAAACAUGAAGGUCAGAGUACUAAAUGUUGGCUUGUGAAAACAGCUGUGUAAGGUCAAGUCUGGGAACAACCCUCAUGCUUUUAAUAGAGGUUAUUUUCGGUCGUCAUGUCUUUGAGCUCUCAGCUUUAAUUUUUAAACAGCGUGAUGAUUUACACUUUAGUUCAUUAGAAUAUGACUCCAGAGUAAACACUGUAAAGUAACGUCAGCAGCACCAUGGCAGCUAUUGGACGCAAAUGCGAAGCUGGAGCAGAGCCAUCAGGAAUACGGGCCUGCGUCUCUACAGUGGUGCACAGCAGCAGUGGGCCUGACACUCAGCAGACUCUAGUGGCAACAGAGAGCUGUGUGAUGGAGAAUGGACAUCAACCAAUCAAGACACUAGCUCAAAUGCAGAAGGAAAACGGACAAGGUUGGAGCAACCUGGCCCACCAGCUCCAUGCUGUCGGACACACAGUGCACCUGAAAAAUGUGUUUGCAAACGGAGAAGCACUGCAGAGUGUCCGCAGCCCAGAGUCAGUGGAGAUGGACGAAAUCAUGGCCGCCAUGGUUCUGACCAGCUUGUCAUGUAAUCCUGUGGUUCAGAGUCCCCAACAGACAGAUCCUGGACCUGCGGGCUCGUCAUCAUCAGCUGACAUGGAGUGCGGCGGGGGCGAGCUCUCUGACAGCGGCAGCAGCGGCUACUGGAGCUGGGACCAUGGCAACACAAGCCCCACCCCUUCGCCGUCUGUCACUGAGAUGGACAGCAGUCCCGAUGAAGGCCUUUACAUGGAGAUGGAGCAAGGAGAGGAGCUCAAUUCCAAAAAGCCAAAGAGCUCUUUCCGAGGUGUGUACAAGUGUCUCUGGCCCAGUUGUGGCAAGGUGCUAACAUCUUCGGUGGGAAUAAAACGACACAUCCGUGUGCUGCAUCUCGGCAGUGGAUUAGAUCAGUCCCAGAGAGAGGAGGACUUUUACUACACCAAGAUCUCCUGCGAGAGCGUGGAUGCCAGCUCCACUCCAGGUCCUUCCCAGCAGGCUCUGGGCCAAACCACAUCCUCUCAUCUCAGCUGGGCCUCUUGCACUUCUCCUCCAGGCUCUGGGCUUCAGAUCCCAGCAGCUCACAGGCCCAGGUCCAACUCCAGCUCAGGGCCAGGUCCAACUAGACCCAGUCCUCUCAGCCAGUCAGCUCCAAGCAGCUUCUGGCAGAUCCACUCAGAGCAUCUGUACCAGGCCUGCAGUCCCGUCCAGGUACCUGUGGCCUCUAGAAGCUCUGGAUGUCAGGGCUGGACCCCCACCAGCUCAGUUUCUGGCCAUACUAAUCCUCCGAUGGUGAAACCUCGCUGUCGGUCCGUCAGUGUUGGAGAACAGUGGCUGCAGCAGAACCGGCUGCAGCCCAUGAGUGCAUCACCUUCCCGCACCCACUGCUCCUUCAGGAAGAGUCGUGGCGAGGCCAAAAAGUGCCGCAAGGUGUACGGAGUGGAGCGCAAGGACCAGUGGUGCACAGCCUGUCGCUGGAAAAAGGCCUGUCAGCGCUUCCCUGACUAAAGUCUGCUGCAUGAUGAACUGAGGGCGUGAGACAGAGAGGCAGAGUGGUGGAUGAAUGGAUAGAGGGAUGGAUGAAAGAAUGGAUGAAUUUUGGAUGAACGAGUGAAAGAGACUUAUCAGAGUGAGGCAUAAAUCAGGGCUAGUUAGCCCAUCGAGGAUAAACAACAGUUCUCUGACUA